UUCUCUAAUAAUAGACAAUAUAUCGAUUAACGACAUAGCUUAGGUACCUAACCUACCACCAUGGAGCAACCCACCCCGACAUCCAUCAUCGCAUAUAUGCUAGAUCAUCCUGAGUUUCUCCAGCAACCCAAUAACCUUGCGGUUAUAGAUGCGCGGGAGCAUAUAUCAGCCCCCAAAGGAUCACUCCCAUCACCCCUAUUCGUCUCCGCUAUCCUGUACAAGGGUGCUAGCAUCGAUUUCAUUCGCGCCCUGUUCACAGCGUUUGACAAUGAAAGACUGAGUCAGGAAACAUGGCAUAGUCACCAGGGACCGUGGAUACGAGAAUCGCCGUUAGUAACAGCCGUCCGGGCAGGUCGGGCUGAUGUCAUCGAGUUGCUGCUGAAAAACUUUGUGGAACUCCUCACCUGGAUGCAAUUUCUGACGGAAGAUGAAAACCCCGAGUUCAAGCUCACGAGAGAGGAGAGAGAAGAUCGCGAGAGGAACAAGGUCCCUGCUACCAGGUCACCUCUAGCCAGACACUGCGUAACUGCUACAGAUUGUGCUGUGCAGUUAUACGGCGUUGAGAAAGACGAUGAGGCUCGCGGGAAAAUUUAUCACUGCGCUCUGACUUUGGUCACCUAUGGGACGUAUUUGUCUCCCCUCACACCGCAACCCACAAUGGCGUUAAUUCCCAAUAAUCCGCCUCGUUUUGUUCUUACUACCCGCCUCAUUACAGCAAUGAAUUUCGGGAUGGACCAUUAUGUUAUCGCAGUAAUAAGACGAACAUUGGCCCUGCCGCGACAAGAGCCUGACCGGCAAGCACUAGUUAGUGAGGGGCUUUAUGAUAUUCUACUCAGGGCAGCGAAAUCAGGGAUACUCCCUGAGACCAUCCGGGAGCUCCUGGACCUCACGUAUAGUUCUGACGACGUGCUCGCACUUCUUCCCUUGGACAUGGCGUCGAGCCCAAAUCCCAUUGCAUUAGCUCUUACUUCCAAUUCCGAGGGUGGGGACCUAGAUGCUGUCAACAUCUUAGAGAUGCUGAAAUAUCCGCUCAUGAAGCAUGCGGCACGAGACCACCGCCCGUGGGAGGAGUACGCGGUUUGGCUGAUAACCGACGACACUGUAACGAAUGAGGCGGCGAAAGCAAAGCACAUCUUAUACUUCAAAGAGCACAUGGAAUACAUCCAGAAGUUCCUCUUGAACAGGGUUCAGUUAAGUGCCCAUCUCAGAGUACAGUUGAUGAAGUACAGGACUUCUCUUGUGCGGCGCACACUCAUGAACGGGAAAAGCGGCCUAGCUAAUUUUGCCCAUGCUGUGGAAAGCACUAUGGCCUUCACCAAUAGGGAAUGGAUGCACCGAGCGAUUCUCUGUGGCAACGCCGGCGCAGUCGAGCUUAUUGUUUCCGUAUGGGGCGACGCGAACCUAUCCCUAGAAACACAGUUGCCUCCGGUAGACCCGAUAAUGGGCUUUCCCGGGUGCGAACGUCCCAGAUCGGGGUUGAACGACGCGGUUCGACUUCGACACUUGCAGGUGGUAAUAGUGCUGCUAAAGGCGGGUGCUGAUCCGAAUUCUGUUGAACCAGAAGAAUGGGCCGCUCUCUUGGACGAGCUAGAAAAUGAAACUAUGAGUAGAUUCGACUUCAUCAAGAAAUAUUUCCAAUAUGGAUUUUUCGAAUGGGGAACGCCGAUCGUGAGCCAAGAGGAGAUGAUAUAUAACGAGGCUAUUAGAGAGCAAGUGCGACUAAUUACUUUGAUUGCGCGUCGGCGAUCUGACCCUGAGUAUUAGAAUCGAAUACACGUGUAGCUAGAUGGAAAUAUAAUUUUAAUAUAGCCAUAGGAUAUCAAAGCCCGAGAACCGAUCUUCUCUUCUAUUUCACCUUUGUGAGGUAUUGUACAAUUCCUUGCUGAACUUGGCAUCUUUAUUCGUACCAAAAGUUAGCCUCAAUCGUGUAGGCUGAAAGAUAGGGGUGAAAGAUAGGGGUGGAUAUUCUCUCUAGGUCUAGGUAGGAGGUAAUCUGUGAGAAACGAUUAGCGCAAUGAUAUAAACAUGAUGUAGUUAAAGAGUUGUUGCUAAAAAGAAAAAAGAAGAAAAAACAAUUUCAUAGGCUGUUUGACAUAUUCAAGGACAUAUAUUUAUCCCUUUGCCAAAGUAAUAAAACAUUCUAAAAUAUGACGAAUGUAGAUUUAUUGGUGGAAUGGCAGAAUGGAGACGCGAAAAAAAAA